AUGGUUAGUCAAGAUACUGCAAGAAAUGUUGUUGGUAUCAUAGGAAAUGUAAUCUCCAUCGGCCUGUUUUUGUCACCAAUGGCAACAUUUUACAGAAUAUGGAAAAUGGGUUCAGUGGAGCAAUACUCACCAGCACCAUACCUAGCCUCCCUAGUGAAUUGCAUGGUGUGGGUGCUAUAUGGUCUGCCAGUGGUGCACCCACAUAGCACUCUGGUCAUGACCACCAAUGGUGCAGGCACAGCCAUUGAGGUUUUCUACAUAGUCCUCUUCUUGGUCUACUCUCAUAAGCACAGGCAGAGGCUCAGGGUGUUGGGUGUUGUUGCUGUGGAGGUAAUAUUUGUUGGUGUCUUGGCAUUUUUGGUUCUGCAUUUUGCUGAGACAACAGACAAACGCACCAAAGUUGUUGGGAUUGGAGGAGUUUGUUUCAACAUACUUAUGUAUGCUUCACCAUUGACUGUCAUGAAAUUGGUGAUAACGACAAAGAGUGUGGAAUACAUGCCAUUUUUCCUCUCUCUUGCAAGUAUGCUUAAUGGUGUUUGCUGGACUGCUUAUGGGUUAAUCCGCUUUGACCUCUUCCUAGUUUUACCCAAUGGGCUUGGAUUAUUAUUAUCUCUGGCCCAACUGCUUCUAUAUGCUAUUUACUACAAGAACACACAGAAGAUAUUGGCAGAGAGGAGAGCCAGGGCCCAGGUGGGCCUGUCUGAGGUGGUUACAACAAGAGACUCCAAGACUGCAGCCAAUGGGCUUAACCAUAACGGUGUCCAUCACUGAAAAUUGGGCCUCGCCUGGAAUGGGCUUCAGUUGACGAUGUGAGCAAACCCUUAAUCUUUCUGAAUCGAGGCCCGGCCCGACUUUCUUUUGAGAUUUUGCAUGGGAAUUUAAUUACUAAGGUUCCCGUUUCAUAUAAUUAAGCACCCUUUGCAAUACAACAAG